AUGGAAAAUGCACGAUUUAUUCGUUUAACACUUUAUCAAAAUAUUCGAAGUGAACAUGAUAAUGAUCGUAAUGUUUAUAAUGAAAAACCAUCUCGUGAAGAAAUUUUAACAGUAACAGAAGAACAAGCAUUAUCAUCAUUAUCACAAUCAGCUAUUAUUCAUACAACAUAUGGUGAUAUUCAUGUUAGAUUAUUUCCUGAAUAUGCGUCGAAAACUUGUGAAAAUUUUAUUCAACAUUCAAAAACAAUGCUACUAUAA